AAGGCCAGUAUGUGAUCUCAAUGCACCCACAUCGCAGAUUUAUAUACACGAGCUAAUUUGAACACUUGCAGCUCUGCAGUGGGGUGAAUUAACGUUGCGAUCAAGCUACUCUCGUAGCGUAUUUUAGAAACUUCCUUCUUAAUUUCCAAAGUAAUUACUCAGAUACUCAAUUGGGUCAUUUGCUUGAGAAUAGUGGCAAAUUGAGAACAUUAUUUUCUACUGAUUGGCACGGUGGAAAUCUGCAAUGAGCCGUUUGGUUUGUUGGAUAAUGUCGUGAUGUUGACGUUUGAAUUUCCUGUAUGAGUCUUUUCCAUUUUGUUUUCCAUUUUAUUUUUCUGCUGACCGGAAGUAGAAUUACUUUGAAGUGUUGCGACUUUGUAAGACAUGUUCACCCAUGAACAACAAAAGUUGUAUCAACGCUGAUUAGGUCAUUGCUUCAAACUGGGUGGCAGCUAGAGUCCAACAGUAAGGUAUAGCCAAAGAGAACAUCAGAUAGUUACUUAGGCUAACGUUAGCCGCAUGGAGUAUCCUAGUCUAUCUGACGUUGCUAGUUAACAUGAUAACGAGCUAGCUUUUUUUCUGAAGGCCAGUUAAACGUUCGUGAAAUUGGACGUUAAUAUUACUGGCUGAAUAUUCAUCCAUCUUAUGUGUUGAAAUACAGCAGUUGCCCCGUCAUACCCUUUGUGAGGAAUGGAUGCUACUCAGAUGAUCAGUGACUCAAUCCUGGAGUCAGAUGAGGAAGAAAAUGAAGAGGAGAAUGAAAGUGAGAGGGGACGACCAUUGGCUAAACUGUGCAUCUUAAAAAACGAGCAUGUCCCUGAGACAGAGCUGCCCCUCUUUUCGGGAGAAAAUGUGUUGGGCCGUGAUCCCAACACCUGCGCUCUGGUCUUGUCAUCACCCUCAAUAUCCAAGCGGCAUGCUACCAUCUGCAUCUCUGUCUACCGAAGAAGAGGUAGUCACACUGAGGUUGACAUAGAGGCUUUGGUUUGGGACCUAGGGAGCAUGAAUGGGACUCGCAAGGGCCGUUUAAGGCUGACCCCUAAUGUACGCUAUGCCCUCAGUGAAUGUGACAGGCUGGUGGUUGCGGACAUCCCGUGUCAGUAUGUCAGCUGUGCUGCAGGCACAGUCUCUUCUCAAGGGAACUUGAGGACUCCUGUGAGCAGAAAUUCAGAGGUAAAGGCCAGGUUGCCAGAUGCCUUGGGAGAAAAGGGAAGCGACACAAGCACGGGCAGCAAGAAAUGUGUUGGUGGAGGUGCAAAGACGAGGGUGUCAUUACCUGAACUGGAGGGCACAAGUAAGACUCCUGUCAGAACCAGUUGCCUGUCCUUUGAACAAACUCCAACCCAGCCACAGAAGACCUUGGUCCCAGAAUCUGAUUCAGACUCAGAUGCAGAAAGAGGGGGAGGAGCAGCCACAAGGCGCAGGGCUGUAGUGUCUGAUUCUGACUCCAGUAAAUCCAGUCCUAUGCCCUGCUCUACAUUCUUGAGUCCCACAAAUAAAAUUGUCCCUGAAAGUGAGGACGAAAGUCCCAUCACACCAUCCAUCUCUGCCAAAAAUAGGCCUCACAGACAUGUCAGCUUCAGCAAGGAGGAGACAGAUGUAGAUGUGGGGCGACAGCAGCUGAAGGAAAAAAAGGCAUUUGUAAUUGUGGACAACAGUAAGGAGCCAGAAAGAGCAGUACUGGGAGAGGGAAAGUCUGAGGAAAGUGGUCAAGAUGUGUCAGUGAAACAGGAAAGCAAUGUCAGUCUUAAGAGAGAAGAUGAAUUGCCCGUGUCUACACCAGCAGUCUUCACGUAUGCAGUCCCUGCAUUUGACAUGGACAGUGACACAGACAUGGAAGGAGAAGAGGAAGGGGUGGCACCUGCGGUUCCUAUAACCUUGAAUACAAGCCAGCAACUUGAUCAGCCAUCAAACAUAGCCGAGUUUCACAUGGACAGUGAUACAGAUGUUGAUGAGGAUGAUGAGGCUUUAGACAAAAUCCUAAAAUCUGUGCCUUACUCAGCUGACAACGCCAAGCCUCCUCAUGUUAUUCAUCCAGAGAGCAUCACCAUGGACAGUGACACUGAUGUGGAUGAUGAUACUGCUGUGUCAGAUGCUGCUUCAAAAGCAAAACUCCUGUCAUUUCAAAACACACACACAGCUGACGCUACUUCUUCAACACAGCUGAAAGAUUUCCAUCUUGACAGUGACACGGAUGUGGAUGAGGAAGAAGAAAAGGAAUUUGGAACAAUUAAUACAGGAUCUAAAAUAGAUGAAACUCCCACUAGAUUGGAUAUUAAGCCAACUGGGCCUGAAUCCGACCCCGCCACUCCUCACGGCCUGAAUCUAGGCAGUGACACAGAUGAUGAAGCUAUUCCUGCCCCUGCCAUCAGUGAACCCUCGGUUGUGUCUGCUGUCACAGAGUCUUGCACCACUGCAGACACAGCUGCUCAUUUGAAUAUUCUGGCUGACAGUGACGCAGAUGUGAAGUGUGAUUCUCCUCUGGUUAUACCUGUGGUAGUCACAACCUUGUCAUUCGCUCCUGGUACAGCAUCAGAAGCUCUUCAGUCAGACUCUGAUCAAGACACAGAUGUGGAUGAAUCCAGUGUGCCCCCUGAACGGGACAGAGGCAAUCCAGAUGACCUGCAUGUGAGCAGUGACACAGAUGUGGAAGAUGAAGAAGUGAAUUUUGGAGGGACUUGUGAGGGUCAGACUCCUAGUCUGCACAGAGAAAAUACACCAGGGUUGCCGGUUCCCCAUCUGCAGAACUGCUCUACACCUGUACAAUUGUCAGAAGGAGAAGUGGAACAUAUGGAGACUCAAACAUUCCUGAGUCCCUCUUCAGGUCCAUUUAGACGUGGAUUAGCCUCUCCUCUAAAACCUAUGGCAUUGUCUUCCUGCUCAGACAGCCAGGAGGAUGAGGAAUUUGUUGUGGCUGAGACACAGUCCUUUGUUCUUCAGACCAGAGACAACCCUUCAGAGAACCACAGCAUGCACACUACCCAAACUUUUGGCCAGUCCAACGGAGGAGAACAGUCCAGCAGAAGAGGGUCUUUCCAGCUGGGAUUGUCAGACAGCAGCCACCUGCAGGGUCAAGCCCAAGCUCUAGCCAUGGAGAGCACCCAAGCUUUUGUUUCUGUGGAAGACACCCAAGCAUAUGCAGCUAUCUCAGAUGCAGACAGAACCUCCUCAGAGAACGAUUCAAAUCUGGAGGCUGCACAGUCUUAUGGAGAGAAUGAGGAACCCGCCAGAUGUUCGGUCAUGUCGGAAAAAGAAGAAGUAGAUUUGGCACUAGAAGCAACACAGGCAUAUAUUUCAGAGCCAAACUGUGAUUCAGAGGAGGAAAGUGAAGAUGAGAGUAAAAACACUGACAGUCCUGAGCCUCUAGACUUUCCUACCUCUUCUACUCUUGCCAUGGCUGAAACCCAACCAAUUUCUGCCUUUGUGGAAGGUGAGUGUUUGGGCAAAGAAAAUCCUAUUACAUCUGCACUACGAGUUCAGCUCAGACCACAGAAUGAAACAGAGGAGCAGGAACAUAGGGAGGCAGAUCAGCCUCAGCAGAGGCCACUCGAUGACGCUCUGUCUGUAGCUGAAACUCAACCCAUCCGUGCAAGUGAUGAUGAGGAAAGUGAUGACGAGGAUGACUCCGUUCACGGUCCAAGAAAAAGAAAAGCAAAACCACUGCAAUUUGAAGAAGAGGAGACGCAAAGGCUCACAAACUCUGACCUGUCUGUUGUCGAAACUCAGCCAAUGGAUACAGGAGAAGAUAGGGAAAGUGAUGACGAGGAUGACCCAGUUCCAGGUCCACGAAAAAGAAAAGCAAAGCCGCUGCAGCUUGAAGAGGAGCAGACACAGCCCCUUACUAGUUCAGAGUUAUCGCUUGUUGAAACCCAGCCCAUGCACAUUGGUGUUGAUGAAACUCAGUCCUUGGCUACAAGUGGAAAUGAGGACAGUGAUAAAGAGGACUCAAUUCCAGGUUCACGAAAAAGAAAAGCAAAGCAGCUUCAUUUUGAAGAUGAGACACAACCACUUGCAAAUUCUGAGCUUUCUGCUGUUGAAACUCAGCCAGUGGAUGCUGGAAAAGAUGGAGGUAGUGAUGAAGAGGACUCAGUUCCAGGUCCACGAAAAAGAAAAGCGAAACAGCUGCAGAUUGAAGAAGAACAGACACAGUCCCUCACUAGUUCUGACGUGGCUGCUGUUGAAACUCAGCCAGUGGAUACAGGUGAAGAUGGGGAAAGCCAUGAAGAGGACUCAGUUCCAGGUCCACGACAAAGAAAAGCGAGGCCACUGCAAAUUCAAGAGGAGGAGACGCAACCGCUCACAAAUUCUGAGGCCUCCACCAAUGAAACUCAGCCGCUGACAACAAAAACUGUCCUGCAGCCUGAAAGGGGGAAGGAGGUACAGUCUGAAGCUGGAACCAGUGGCAUCACUGUCAGAGGUAAAAGAGGGACAAGGGCAAGUUUAGAAGAGGAGGAGCUGGCAGAGUGUUCUGCAGCUCCCAAGAGUCAGACAAGAGGGAAGAAUAAAACUUUACAAACUACCAGAGGAAGGAGGGGAAAAUCGAGGCUUGAUGAAGAUGAGAGUGAGGAGGAGAAGAAGGUAAAGCAAGCUAAGCUAAAUAAAGGGAAAAAAGCCACGAAGCAACAGAAAGGUGAUGAGGACGAUGAGGAAAUGGAAAGAAACCUCCAUGCUGAAAGUGUCAGCCUAAUGAAGGAGCAAGAAGAGGGAAGACUGGGAGAAAAGGAAGGUGUCACAGAAGUCCAACAACAAGAAGAAGAAAAAAAGGAGAAGGAAAGGAGGGAAAUCUGUGAAAGAGAAGGGAAACAGAGGGAGAGUCAGAGAGAAGAAGAGGAAAAAUCUGAGAGGGAAAGAAAAGAGAAGGAGGUUGAAAAUGCAGAAAGGUUAAGGCUUGAGCGGGAGAGGGAAAGAAAAGAAAAAGAAGAAAAAGAAAAAGCUGAAAGGAUGCUAAAGGAUAAAGAAGAACAAUUUGAGAGGGAAAGAAAGGAGAGGCAAGGAAAGGGGAAAUUAGAGCAUGAAAAGGCAGAAAGAGAAGAGAAGGAGAGAUUGGAGAGAGAGGAGAAUGCAAUAAUAGAAAAUCACAGAAAGGAACAGGAGGAAAAAGAGAGACUGGAGAGGGAGGAAAAAGAAAGGAAAGAAAGAGAUAAAUUGGAGAAAGAAAAACAAGAAAAAGAGGCCAACGAGCAACAAGAGAACAAGGAAGAACAAAACAAGUCCAAAGCGCCUGCAAGAGGUCGCAGAGCAGCUAGAAGAACAACAGAGCUGGAACAAGACUCAGCCACAUCAACCAAUGAUGAUGUCCCAGCCAGGAGAACCAGAUCUCGCUCCAACUCUUCUAACUCUGUCAGCUCAGAGAGGUCUGCUUCGAGUGUUAACACCCAGGAGAGCAGGGGGAGAGGCCGAGGCCGAGGCAGGGGAGGAAAGCGGACCAGUGAACCACCCCGGGCAGCCAUUGCCAGAAGUAGUGACAGAAGGAGGACAGUGGCUGCAGAACUGACAGAACAGGACAGCAAUGAUAUUUCUCCUCGGGGUGCCCUUUCAAGGUCUUACUCCAACAACUCUCUCAACUCCGACAUUGCCAGUUGCAGUUUGAGCUCUCGGAGCAGGGGAAGAGGAGGCAGGCAAUGUGAAAGAGGGAGAAAAACAGAGGUAGACUCCGUCCCUCCUAUCAACAGUCAGAAUGAUCCAAAUUCAGCUCCUAACCCUACACCCAGAGGCAGGAAGAGCAGGAAAGCAGAGGUAAUCUCUAACAAUGUUCCUCAAGAAGAUGAUAAAGAGAAGACAGACUCACAGCAAGCAAUCACCACAAGGGGGCGGCGACGAGCCAAUGCAAAUGUAUUGGAACCUGCUGGUGCAGAUAAGGACGACCCUUCAAACCAGGAGGAAGAAUGUGCCAAUGAAGAAUCACUUAUGUCAAAAAGGAAUGUCAGGGGCAGAGGCCAAAAAGCCAUUAAAAGUGAGACUGUGGAGGCACCACUAGCUCCUGUUGUCAGUCAUGUAGAUGAAUCUAAAGAGGAAAGGAGAGGAAGAAAAAGAGAGCUGGGAGCAAAUACAGAGGAGGAUUCCUGCAGUAGCUCCAAAAUUUACAAAGGGACAAAACAAGCCCAAGCAGCAGAGCCUGAAGAAGAUGAAGCAAAAGGUGAAACAAAAUACCAGAUUCCUGCCCCAGCUAAAAGAAAAGGUAGAACAUCCAGUGCUCAAGCAAAGAAGAAUGGACGAGAUUGCCCCACCGAAGUGGAGGCAAAGAAAGCAAAUGAGAAGAUGGAGGGGGAGGCCAUUGAGAAGAGAGGCAGAAGUCGUCUAUCGGUGAUCCAGAAAAAGAAGAAAGAGGAACAAGAAGAAAGUGGAACAUCUGCUGACCAGGAUGCACAUGUAGAGGCAUCGCAGACUCCUACCAGCAGUGUAUCCCGGAAGCGACAGUCUCCUGCAGACUCGUCGCCUGUGGCAAAGACCCCUCGCCCCUCAGCGGCUUCCCCAGCAGCCAGUGGACGAUUUCGAGCGGUGCUGUUCACAGGCGUGGUGGAUGAAGCAGGGGAGAAAGUGUUGGCUCGUUUAGGAGGCAGCAUGGCUAAAGGUGUGGCUGAUAUGAACUGUCUGGUGACUGAUAAGGUGCGCAGAACUGUCAAGUUCCUGUGUGCAGUGGCUAAAGGAAUCCCCAUUGUUACCACACACUGGCUGGAAAAGAGUGGUAAGGCUGGGAGCUUCCUGUCUCCUAAUGCUUUCAUUGUGAAGGAUCCAGAGCAGGAGAAGAAGUUCAAUUUCUGCCUGCAGACAUCUCUGAGGAUCGGCAGCACUCAGCCUCUCUUCCAGGGAUAUGGAAUCCAUGUUACAAGGUCAGUGAAACCAGAGCCAGUGCAAAUGAAAGACAUAAUCACCUGCAGUGGAGCUACCUUUCUUGCAAAGAUGCCCUCUUCUUCCAAGCCUCAGACUGUAGUGAUUUCAUGCGAGGAGGACUGGCAGCUGUGUGGCCCGGCUCUGUCAGCAUCACUCCCAGUCGUCACUGCUGAGUUCAUUCUCACCGGGAUCCUGCAGCAGAAACUCGACUUCCAGACGCACGCGCUCUCUGCCCCUCAACGCAAUUUACAACCCACAGGAGGCAGAGGAAGGGACAGGAAGAAGACUUAGCGACAGCAGAGUAUACUGGAAAUACCCAUGCUCGUAGUGUCCGUCUAAGAGACCGGUAGAAGCACUAGUGAGUCAGCUGUUUGUUUGUAGGAAGGACCCGAAGAAUGUAUUUUCUGUUUACAUCAAAACUGGUUGUUUACUCGUAUGGCGGUAAACACGGUAUGGAUAUAGAAUAAUUUGACUGUGUUAAUUAAUUUUACAACAUCCCAUUUUGUAAGGGAGUGCAGUCUUUUGCCUUGUGCAGGAUGGGAAAUAAUGAACUAUUAACCUUCUUUGUCAGCUACCCCCAUCCAUCCAACUAUAGGAAGCAUAGCAAGAAUUAAUGCUGCAAAAUUGCUGCUUGUGUGUGUAUAUGAAUGUGUAUGUAUGUUUGUAUGUGUGUGUGUGUGUGUGUGUGUGUGUGUGUGUGUUUGCGCUAAGUGCUUCAACUCAAUCAGACAGUUUGGCAGGUAACCAACCAUGAAGAGGCAGUUCUGUAAUCAUGUUUGGGUGGUGAAAUAAUGGAGCCACUGUGGUAUGAUAUGAAAUCUAUCAGCUUAUGGCAGCCAGUGGAUGUGAAACAGGGGGCUUGUUUCCUGUCCUGAUAAGAUGUUUGUAGUGCCUUUUGCCGAGGUAAUCAUGAACCUACCGGUGUGUCUAUUGUUUCUGUGUCUCCAUUAACCAUCACCACCUACUCCAUUAAGGCUUCAUCCAAACCUAUUACCUCUAGGGAUGAGGCACAACACUGGCACCUGAAUGCUGAUGCUGCUUCUACAUCGACAUCUUAUGUUGUUUGUCUUUGCCACACAUUUUCUUACUGUUGAUGUUAUGCUGAAAAAGACAAGACCACAUCUGGUUUACUUCCCGACUCACUGCAGAUCUGUAAGCUGGUCUCGUUGGUGUUUUAAAGACGGACUCAUUAACUUGUUGCUAAGUUUGAUUUUAGAACUGUUAAAUAGCUAAUGUCUCAACACAAAGUUUAUACUGAGCAUGAAAUCUGUCUGUGUACCCAAUGAAAACAUAUUUUUGUCUAUUAAGUUUAACUAAAUGUUUGUUUAAUUUUGCCACAGCAUGUUGAACUUUUUUUUUGGAUGUUUUGAUCUGAACUACUGGGGCUUCCAUAUAUUGCUCAGUUGAGGGAAAACCAGAUAUUUUCAUUGAAGAUGUCAGUAACAUCUGAUAUUCCAAUUUUUAGCCAAACUUCCAUUUCCAAAAUCAAGAAUGAACUUUCAAGCUCAAAAUCUUCGUUUUACUGAGUCAAGGACUCGUUAAUGAAAAGCCUCAGCCUAACUGAGGAGACUCUCUUUUAAUCUCUUAAAGAACAUGUCAGCUGUCCUCCUCUGAAGUCCUCAACCUUGAGGAUCACUUAAGAUUCAGGGUUUUUUUUUUCUCUUGAAACUUUUGUAUUUUUUUCGAAAAGAUCUUAGUGAGAGUCUGGGUUGUACUGAACAGGUGAGCAUCUUCCAACACAUCUGAACUGUUUGUAUUUAAAGAUUCAGCGGUAAGACAAAAACAAAACAGAAAGAUUUUGGGGUUGUUUCUUCAAAGAUAAAAUAAGGAAAAGCGCAGAUUUUCUUAUUAUUUUAUUUCUUUGCACUGGUUAACUGCAGUGUUCAGGUUUGUUCCCUAACCAAGUCAGUCGACCAAUAAAAUGUUUAUAUUUCGAGAAAACUGACGUGAUGGGAAGCGGUGCGUCAAGGCACCCUUGUCGUUUAAACUGAGCCAUUUCUGAACGCAUUAUCACCCACUUUGCACAACACAACGUCUGGGUGUAAUUUGUUUAUGGAUGCAUCGUUUCGUGCUGAAUCAGCUGCCUCUUGUGUUUUGCCUUGUCUCAAUAUCUCAUCAAGUAAACGCCCCCUCCUCCCUGUCAGAUGACCGUAUAGGUGUCUCCUGGGUGGGGGGGCCAAAGGGUGGCCGGUGUUUCCCGACACGAGUCGAGUGGCUCCGAGUGUGAGCACAGCCCGACAUAUUCUGAACAUCACCCAAAUGUUGAGCCCGAGUCGUGAAGUGCUGCUCUGGAGGGGGGACGAGGUUGAGAGGGAGGGAGACGACGAGGGAGAAAACCGGCAGCAUUUGCACAUAUUUUCACCUCUGACAAGCAUCCCGUCAUCUCUGCUGCGUGCACCGCAGCUCCGAGUGGCCAAUUAAAGG